AUGGCGGGCCUUGAGCAGAUCGAGGUGCAUUCACGAAACUACCUGGUCCGCUGGGUCAAUGUCAAGCAAGAACAGACUAUUUCGUGGACUGUCCAACCUCACAAAAAGUCCAUCAACUUCGGCCUCUUCAAGCACCCUGGCCCUCAAUCCGUCCUCCAUGCUUCACAAAUCUCCCUUCUCCCACCACCCUCGCCCAACCCUGCGGCUGCGGAUGAAGACAAAAGCGAGGCUAAUUCCACCGCCAUCGAGAAGCUGACCAGUAUUGGCCUGAAACAAGUUCGCUGGGUAGGCAAAUGUGAAGCCGAUAAGGUCUCCCAGGGCAUUUAUGAAGUCCCCUUAGGUCAGGGCGGAAACUAUGCUCUGGUAUUUGACAACACGUUUUCCAAAAACAUCUCCAAAACCGCCACUGUCUUUCUCUUCACAUAUCCUACGGCAUGUCAGUCGCAGAUCCAGUUCGGUGCCCAGAUGCACCAUUCUCAAGCAAUGGCUUCUGCCAUGGCCAUAGCGGCGGGAAAUGCGCCCAUGUUCAAGAGAAGCCCUAAGCUCAAGGCUCGAGACAAAGAAUCGGUCGACUCCCUGAGACAAGCUUCACUGAGCCAUUCCGUCCCGGCAAGCAUUGCUGCUGUUUCUGAGGGUGCUAGAGCUGGUGAGGAUUCGGCCUCGAUUCACACCGGUGUCUUACAGAAACGGAGAAGGAAGAAGCAUCAGGGUUAUGCCCGUCGCUUCUUCUGCUUGGACUAUACAUCUUCCACACUCUCGUACUACCACGAUCGUAAUUCCUCAGCUCUCCGAGGCGCCAUUCCACUUUCUCUGGCUGCGAUUGCCGCCAAUUCAAAGUCUCGUGAGAUUUCGAUCGAUUCGGGCGCGGAGAUCUGGCACCUCAAAGCCAACAAUGUCGGAGAUUUCGAGGCUUGGAAGACGGCCUUGGCUACUGCUACACGUUUGAUGCUUGAAUCAUCCACUCCAGCAGAUGGUCUACAUAUUGAGACUGGGAAUGGAGGAAUGGCAGACCGACCAUCAGCGGUGAACGACCAAGAAUGGGCUCGGCUUGAAACCUUAUUAAGCAGGAUAUCAGGCACUCGAGAUGCAGUGCGUCGCCUAUGCAUAGACACGUUGUCUACUCCCGCUCCCUCGGCGUCACCGAGACUAGGACCAGCAUCUCAGAGUACCACUCCCACUGAUGGCCCGAGUGAAGAUUAUUUCAGACAGGAUGACAAGCGACCCUUCUGGAAACGAAAACCCAGUUCCAGUGCCACCCAAGCCAGUAUUUUCAAACGUAGCGUUUCGGCGCAAUUGGCCGUCCCUAUACCUGGAGUGGAGAAUCUCCUGAGAAACGGAAUUCCAGCUGCACCGGCCAACUCAACCACUCGGCCUCAUAUGCACCAUGAGGAAAGCAUGUACGAUCAUUGCAAGGCUCUCUUGCACGAUUUGGACUCGGUGGUUUCGGAAUUCUCCAGUUUGGUAACGGAGAACAAGAUCCGACGUACUGCUCCGCCUAGAUCUGCGGUGUCAAGGAUGAGCCUGCAGUCUGUUGAGUCGCAGGAAUACUUUGAUGCCGAAGAUGACAAGGGACUGCUCAACAUACACAGUGAUUCUGAUCGAGAAGAGAGUUAUGAUGAAGCGGUUGGAGGAGAUGAGGAUUCUGCCACCAGCAGUGAUAUUGGUGAAGAUUCACUGGAUGCGGGCAAGAGAAGAUCCGGCAGUCUCUCGUCGUAUCUUCCACCUCGUGCCAAAACAUUGACUCCCCUGCCCAUGGAGAUUGUCUCAAGGCGGAAGACUGUCGCUGCCCCAACCAUUAUGCCACCAAGUCUAAUUGGAUUCUUGAGGAAGAAUGUGGGCAAGGAUCUGUCGACCAUUUCGAUGCCAGUUUCGGCCAACGAGCCGCUGUCCCUUCUUCAAAAAGCCGCGGAGCAAUUGGAAUACUCACAAUUACUGGAUAGUGCAGUUAAGAGCGGCGACACCUUUGAACGAUUGAUGUAUGUAACGGCCUUUGCUCUGUCUGCUCUCUCGGGGGCACGUGUCAAGGAAAGGUCUAUUCGAAAACCAUUCAAUCCCAUGCUUGGGGAGACGUAUGAAUUAGUGCGCGAAGAUCGAGGAUUUCGGUUCAUUGCAGAAAAGGUAUCACACCGACCUGUUCAGCUUGCAUUCCACGCCGAGUCCAAGGACUGGACAUUCACACAAUCACCUAUGCCGUCGCAAAAGUUUUGGGGCAAAUCGUCGGAAAUUAUUACCGAAGGGAAAGCACGCCUUGUUCUACACAGUACAGGGGAAGUGUUUUCGUGGUCAGCAGCCACAUGCUUUUUACGCAACAUUAUCGCAGGCGAGAAAUACGUUGAGCCGGUGGGAACCAUGACGGUUUUUAACGAGACGACAGGAGCCAAGGCUGUAGCCUCAUUCAAGGCCAAAGGAAUGUUCUCGGGCCGCAGUGAAGAAGUCGAGACUCAAACCAUUGAUGCAAACGGGCAGGAUCUAGCAAUCAAUCUCCACGGGACAUGGACGACUGCACUCCAGUUGAAGGAGCCCGGCAAGAUUGGACAGUCGAAUAUAUGGUCGGCAGGAGCUCUGGUGGACCAAGCACCGAAACACUACGGUAUGCCACUUUUUGCAGCGCAGUUGAAUGAGAUCACGGAUGUGGAGAGGAAUCGACUCCCGGAGACGGAUAGCCGGCUCCGACCGGACCAGCAAGCUCUGGAAAGGGGGGAUCACGAUGAAGCCGAAUCACUCAAGAAUCAAUUGGAGGAAGCACAGCGAGCCAGACGAAGAGAAAUGGAAGAAGCGGGCGAGACGUGGAAAGCGCGGUGGUUUACACCGGUGGAGAUGGGGGGCGAAGUCAUCUGGAGGCUCAAGGCUGGUAAAGAGGGCUAUUGGGAGGAAAGGGCACGUGGUGAAUGGACCGGAGUCGUGCCUGUGCUUGACGUAUAA